AUGUUUCUGGACGUUAUCAAAUUAUCUCCAAGAUCUGAGCACGAAGAAAAAAGCAAGAAAGAUCUCCUCCUGCGCAUGGCUUCAUUUGAUGUGCCUAACCUGAAGAAGAGGUCAUUGCUGAAAUUGGGAGAGGACAAACACGGCAAUCCAUACAUCAGAGGAUUGACAGAAGUGAAUGUGACUUCAGCUGAAGAAGCUUUGAAACUGUUGACCAUUGGUCAAAAGAAUUUACGCAAAGCGGCCACAAAACUGAAUCAUAACUCUUCGAGAAGGGACAUUCCGCCCCGAAUGAUCCCAUACAGGGAUAGUAAGCUGACUCGUUUGUUCCAGGGUUUUUUCAGUGGUCGAGGCAAGGCAGUGAUGAUAGUCAAUGUCAACAAAUGUUCAACCCUGUUUGAUGAGACACUCCAGGUGUUCAAGUUCUCAGCAAUUGCUAAGCAGGGUUUGCUUGACAUUAUUGACAAUUGCAAGAAGGCAAUUGCCAAUUUGAAGGAAUCUCUAGCUAAGGAAAAGAAGGAACGAAUGUUGGAUGAAAUUAAGUUCAGAGAUGAAAUAACAAAGGAAUUAAUGGAACAAUUUGUGGCUAUUGAAAAGAAUUACACAGAGAAAAUCCAAGACAGCCAGCUUAAGGCUGAAGAUGCCACAGACAACAAAAUCACUAAAAUGUUGGAAACCUUGAAUCCUGCCAAAAAACGGUCUCAUGACGAAAUGGAACCAGAGGAAGAGAUGGUUCCUCUUCAUGUCUUACAAGAAUCACAGAAGAAAAUAGCGAAACCAGCUGAAUGUGAAGUUUGUCAAGCUCGCAGUGAGAAUACCUGGCAGCUGAAACCUGAGCUGAAAAACCAAGCAGGUACGGCAAAUGGUGUACGUUCUCUCCGGUCACAUCGUGACUCCUUGCAUCGUGGCCAGGCAGCCAAUACUGCUGUCACUCGAAAAGAGAAGGAUGGUGGCACUAAACAGCGGUCACCCUGGUUCAGCUGUAUGGGGAUUGGUGCAGGCAAAAAGCGCAAGUCUAAUGUCCCAGACCUCCUUCGGGGUACGAAAAAUGCAGUCUCUCAGUAUCGGCUUCGGGAUAUGGUCGUCGAGAAAGCUGAUGAGUCACGGGUUUUGCGUGUAAUGUUAAACAACACACGGGGUCUCGUGCCCACGCCGACCAAGACGAGUUUGCUCCGCUCGAAAAAGUUCCCCUCCUCCAAAGACCUCAACUCUGAGAAUGCAUCCUCGUCGCCUGUGAUGAGUCUUCAGGCUGAUGUCUCCCGGCUUGGGAAAGGGGGUAAGAAGAAAGAUGCUUCGCCAGGAGUGAAACGGCGGAUGCUGGCUCCAAUCUGCACAAAUCUGAUUGGAGAUAAAAAAUUAAAGGGCAGGCGGAGAUCAAGUCUCGUAUGCAGCAAACGUAAUUCUGUAUCAUUCAGUAAAAGAUAUAAUCUACGAAGCAAAAAUUAA